CGUAGGCCCCGGACGGGCCGCUGGGAGGGUCAUUCCUCGCCCCAGGCCCGGGCGCAUGGCGGCCUGCGUGCUGGGGGGCCGGCUCGGCCUGCGCGCGGCUUUCAGCGGCUGCUGCCUCUUGCACCCCCGUUUCCAGAGCCGCGGGCCCCCAGGCGUGGAAGGCAGGGACAGGCCACAGCCUUCUUCGAAGACGUCCAAGCCCCCCAAGAUUUACACCAAAACAGGAGACAAAGGGUUUUCCAGCACCUUCACUGGAGAAAGACGCCCUAAAGAUGACCAGGUAUUCGAAGCCUUGGGAACCGCGGAUGAAUUAAGCUCAGCCAUUGGGCUCGCUCGUGAACUGAUGGCAGAGAAGGGCCACCCAUUUACGGAGGAGCUGCAAAAGGUCCAGUGCUGGCUGCAGGACGUCAGCUCCGCCCUGGCGACCCCGCGCUCCUCUGCCCGGGAGUCUCACCUAAAGCUCACUGCGUUCCCAGCGGGGCCUGUGGAGCAGCUGGAGCAGUGGAUCGACGUGCACUCCUGCCAGCUGCCCCCACUCACAGCUUUCAUUCUGCCCUCAGGGGGCAGGAGCAGUGCCACGCUGCACAUCUGUAGGGCUGUCUGCCGCCGGGCUGAGAGACGCGUGGUGCCUCUGGUCCAGGCAGGUGAGACGGACACGAACGUGGCCAAGUUCUUAAACAGACUCAGCGACUAUCUCUUCACACUGGCCAGACGUGUGGCCCUGCAGGAGGGGCAGCCAGAGCAAAUAUACAAGAAAAAUGACUCAUCGAACCAAGCCUGAGGCCUUGGAGAAAAGAGGAGGCGGCACUGAGGGCUCCCCUAGAAGAGCAGUCGGCUCUUGGGGGGGGGGGGGGUCCUGACCCUGAGUGAGCAGACUCUGCUUUCUCCUGGCCCCUGUCACCUUCCCCUGUCACGCCAGCCUGAGCCCAGGGGCGCUGGGUCUCCAGCAAGUGGGAGUGAAUGCAGCAUGGUGGGAAGGAGAGGGCCAGUGAUGCUGCAAUGAGGGACCACCCAGAAAAAUAAAUAAAUGAAUAAAUAUGGGAAA